AAAACAUAAAUUCCCAAAACAGAAAAAGGAAAAAACCUUCCCUCCUCCCUGCUGCAGCCGGCCGCCCGUCGCCCUCCCCCGAUCCCCGUGCUUCACCUCUGUUCGUCGGCUUCUCCUUUUACCAGGUUAAUCAGUGAAAGGAAUCUGAAUUCUUGAGAUAUGGAAAUAGCAAUUAUUGCAUUGAUUUUGGCUGUCUUGCUUGGAGCUUUUAUUUUGGUACCCCGACAUGGUAAAUCAGCUCAUAAGAACAAGGUUAAAUCGACUGUUGCCAAUUCUAAGGCAUCCAAAUCCUAUAGUAAAACAGAAGUUAUGCUACAUAAUAAGAGGACAGAUUGUUGGAUUAUCAUUAAGGACAAGGUUUAUGAUGUUACCUCAUAUGUAGAGGAACACCCUGGUGGUGAUGCCAUCUUGGCACAUGCCGGAGAUGAUUCAACCGAAGGGUUUUAUGGGCCACAACACGCAACUCGGACGUUUGACAUGAUCGAUGACUUCUACAUCGGAGAUCUUCAGAAGUAAUCUCCAAGCAACUAUCCACUAUUGGGUUUUGUAAGGUUAGGGUGAAAACACUUCUGAGAAUAUCUUUCUGUUAGCCCUACUCCAACAUCGGUAUGUGCUUUGCACAUUUAGUUCCUUUUGUAGAAGAACUAUUUGGUAGUAAUUGAAUCCAUGUGUUUAAUUUUUUAUUUUCUUCAUCUGCUGCUUAAUUGGUGUCUUCUCCAACCCUUUCCUUUAAUAAGCUUGUUUUAUUUUCAAGAGUGUAUCGAAAACAGUGUAUUUUAAUAUAGGUGGGUUGGUAAUAAAUUUGUAUUUUAAUAUUACCUAA